AUGGUGGUCACUGCGGCCGAUCCCGAGGUGGCUCAGAUAUAUGGACUAUAUCAGGGGACUCCUUAUUCCAUGUACAUUCAUAUAUUUAUUAUCUCACAAUUGACUGCAAAAAUGAAUGCAGAGUUUGUAUCAAAAGGCGAUUACAAGAAUCACCAGAAAUAUGGCAUAAAUACCAAUGAAUGCGGUCUAAGAUAUGAACCGAUUUUAGUUAAUAUAAGUUUUCCAACGAAAUGCUUUCAAACCAAUCAUUCAAUGAUACAAAUACUGGACGAAGAGGUCUACUAUUUUAUGAACGAACCGGACAUCACUUCAAGCCGUGUAGCGGAUGGCGAAGUAGCUGUGGUGUCGGGUAAGCCAUUGCAAGCACCAUGGGCAGUUAGUAUUCAAUUAAGAGUACAUGGAAUGGACGCUGACUUAUGUUCCGGUGUAUUGAUUGCCAUGAAUUGGGUCUUAACGUCAGGUCAUUGCAUAGAUGUCAGGUUAUGGUACGGACAUUGGGCAAUAAGAGCCUCACCCUUCCUGGGCGUCGGUUUUCAAACCCGAUACGUGAACCAAUCAUUCAAGGCGUCGGGCGGUUUGGACGUGGGUUUGUUUCAAACGGACCGACCCUUUACUCGACUCCGGGACCGCACCCUAAAGAGACACUACUCUAUAAACACCGUAUGUCUGCCGGAAACGAAUCGUACGUUCAUUUCGGGAAAUAUGACUGUUUUUGGUUUCGGUUAUACGGCUAACGACAAGUCUUUUAGCCCUUACUUACAUAAGGCUGAACUCGGCCUUUGGCUCCAGGACUCUGUCACUGGCCUUCGGUGUGAUUUUACUUACGGCGGGCCUAAGACUCUCUGCGCCGAGUCUAUCAAAGGCAGGAUAUGUAUGGGUGAUUCUGGCGCCGGUUGGGUCCGCUAUAAUAACCGGUUGAGAACUCAGGCGAUUGUGUUGGGUGUGAGUCAAGUGAUUCACAUCGGGUCCGGCGAUGUGUGCGCCAAACGGAGAGCGUUCGCCGCAUCCAUUUCCUAUGCAAUGCCAUGGAUUUUGAGUACUAUUCAAAACAAUCCUGACCGAAAUGUCGACAAAAUCGUCGACCCGACCCAACCCGAACCCGAAUUGACUCGACCCGAACCCGACCCGAACCCUAGAUCCAAAUUUCAAACCCAACCCAACCCGAACCCUAAACCCAAAAAAUAUUACAACUCUUUCGAUAGAUUUGGCGACGAUUUGUGCCAAUUAUUGUUGUCUUUCCUGCCAUUGAAAGAGCGAUUCAGAUAUGAAUUCAUUUCAAGACAAUGGCAUCGAUUGGUAUUCACCACUCAAUCGGAUCUCAUUAUUGACGACAAUCUCUGCGAUACCGCAAAUGAUAAUAAAAUACUGAGCGAUGAUUUGUCGCGAAUGAAGAUAUUAUUUGGUCUCAAACUGACGUUUACUACCAAUUCUGAGGCCAUUUUGUCUCAAUUAUUGUCACGAAUUGGUCGCAAAUGUCCGCAACUCAAGAGUCUUGAGAUAUUGUUUAAUGAAUCGACUAUUGAUAACGUAUUGCAAACAAUCGGCACUUCAUUUAAACGCCUAAAACGACUGCAAUUAACAUUUGAUUCAAACGUCUCAUUGAAUACGAGCGCCGAGUCGUUGAAGACAUUGAAACGGUUGACACAUUUUGUAUCCAAUCACUUAAUGGUCAAUCACGUGAAGAUAACAUCCGUGGCGUUGGAAGCGCUGUUAAGACUGAAAUAUCUGCGCACCGGUCAUCUCAUUGGCGAUAUAUAUCGUAUUCCCGGAACCGUUCAUCUCUUGAAUAAAUUUCCCGUUGCAAUUUGUAUCUUCAUAAAACAUCAAAACAAUCAAAUUGUUGGGAAUGUUCAACAAAUUAGACCAAAAUUCUCAAUCAGAUCCGCAUUCAUGAGUGAUGGCAAAGACCUAACUAUGGAUGAGAUCCAUAAAAAUUAUGUUAAAUAUUUCGUUAAAAUACAUCAACUUGGUGGUAUGUUAGCGGAUGGCGAUUAUAUGCAUUCGUGGGGUUCGGGUGUGUGUCUCGGGGGCACCGGUUAUAUACUGACCAAUUGUCAUGUGGUGGGGGAGUGGGGCAUAAAGUUGGUCGAGCGCUUCCACGUGGACAACAACGGAGACAUUCGAGUGGUUCCCGGAAUAGGAGAGAUGAUAACGGGAGCCAAAGUAAUGUAUUGCUGCCCACAGUUUGAUAUCGCGAUCGUUCACUCGAAGUGUACCGAAACGGACGACAUUAGUCUCCAAGAGUUGACAGUCAGUGCGCGCGACGGCCAACAGGUGCUGUCCAUCGGUAAUCCCGUUGGUCUCGAUUUUUGCCUAUCCGAUGGUGUGGUCAGUUGUGUGGGUCGUGAGGGCCGCACCCUAUGUACUGAUACUUACGAGUAUCAUAUGAUUUACGCCGAUGCAAAUGGUUUUCAUCUAAACCACACGAGUCCCAUAUUUGGGGGUUUCUCUGGCGGUCCCGUAAUUAACAUGAGUGGACAGUUGGUUGGCAUCAAUUACGGGUCGGUAACGAUUGGUGAGGGAGAACUGCGAGACACUUUUGGCAUCAGUACAGCAAAUAUUGUGGAUAUAUUAAAAGAAAUGAAUCAGUUUUCGGAGAAGAGGCGCACAUAUAGUGCGGACAAAUCAUUGGGAUUAGCCGUCAGACUAUUAACAAGGGAUUUGUGGGCAAAGAUUUACGGACCAAAUACUAAGUCGCUUUUAGUGACUAGAUCCGUUCACAUGAGUGAUGGCAAAGACCUAACCAUCGAUGAGAUCUAUAGACAAUACGCUAAAUAUUUUGUUAAAAUACAUAAUACGGAUACCGAUAAACCAAACGGUUAUUAUAUAUUUUCGUGGGGUUCGGGUGUGUGUCUCGGGGGCAGCGGUUAUAUACUGACCAAUUGUCAUGUGGUCGGAGAGUCGGAGUUUUGUUACAUCGAGCAAUUCAAAGUGGACAACAACGGAGACGUCGGCGUUGUUCCCGUAGUAGAGGAGGAGAUAACGGUAGCAAAAGUAAUGUAUUGCGAUCCCAGGUUUGAUAUCGCGGUCGUCCACUCAAAGUGUGCCGAAACGGCCGAUAUUAAGCUCCAAGAGCUCGCGUUUAGUACACAGGAUGGCCAACACGUGGUGUGUAUUGGGAAUCCCUCACCUAAUUAUUGUCUAUGCGAUGGUGUCGUCAGUUGCGUGGGUCGUGAGGGCCGCACUCUUUGUGUGGAUAAUUACGAGUACUUUAAGCUUUUUACUGACCCAAAAGGUGUUCAUAUAUGCGACACGUGUCCUGUUUUUGGCGGUUUCUCUGGCGGUCCGUUGAUUAACAUGAGUGGACAGUUGGUUGGCAUCAAUUACGGUGGAGUCGGUUUCGGCACGUUUAGGGAAAAUUUUGCCAUCAAUACCUCAAAUAUCACGGAAGUUUUAAACAAUAUGAAAGUGUUUUCGGAGAAGAAAUACACGUAUAGUGCGGAGAAAUCAUUGGGAUUAGCGGUCAUACCAUUUACGAGAGAUUUGUGGGCAAACAAUGAAAUCAAUGAGUUUGAUCUUAUCGUUGGAGUGAACGGCCGUCUCAUUAAUUCUGUGAACGAAUUGAGAGAUUAUUGCCAUAAUUGUAAUCCCUAUUAUUUAAUCGUCAAUGAAAUUAUAUCCGCACUCAUGAGUCAAAACAAAGACCUAACCAUCGAUGAGAUCUAUAAACAAUACGUGAAUUGUUUUGUUGAAGUUCAUAACGCAAACGGACAUAAACCAAACGGUGAGUUUAUGUAUUCGUGGGGUUCGGGCGUGACUCUGGGUUUGGGUUAUAUACUGACCAAUUGUCACGUGGUUGGAGAGUCGGAGUUUGUCUACGUCGAGCGAUUCAAUGCGGACAAAACGGGUCAAGUCCAAGGCCUAGGAAUAGAGGAGGACAUAAAGGCACGGGUCAUAUAUAGCUGUCCGGAGUUAGAUAUCGCGGUCGUCUACUCGGAUUGCAACAAAUCGGACGAUAUUAGACCCCUAGAGCUUGCUUUCAAUGCGCGCGAUGGCCAACACGUGGUGACUCUUGGGAAUCUACCCCCUGAAUAUUGUCUAUGCGAUGGUGUGGUCAGUAGUGCCUGUCGUGAGGGCCACACUCUUUGUGUGGGCACUUAUGAGUAUUAUCAGGUUUGGCCCGACCCGACAGGUCUUCGUAUAAGCAACACGUGUACGAUAUUUCCAGGUUUUUCUGGCGGUCCGUUGAUUAACAUGAGUGGACAGUUGGUUGGCAUCAAUUAUGGUGCAGUUGGUUACGGCACAUAUCGGGAAAACUUUGCCAUCAAUACCUCAAAUAUCACGGAAGUUUUAAACGAUAUGAAACUGUUUUCAGAGAAGAGACACACAUAUAGUGUGGAGAAAUCGUUAAGAUUAGCGGUCAGACCAUUAACUAAGGAAUUAAAACACCAAAACAAUCAAAUUGUUGCGAAUGUUCAACAAAUUAGGCCAAAGUUUACUAUCAGAUCCGCUGACAUGAGUGAUGGCAAAGACCUAACAAUAGAUGAAAUUUAUAAAAAAUACAUCAAUUAUUUUGUUAAAAUACAUAACACUACGGAUGACGAGCCAAACGGUGAUUUCAUGUAUUCGUGGGGUUCAGGUGUUGCUCUCGGCGGCACCGGUUAUAUACUGACUAAUUGUCACGUGGCUGGGGAUGAGGGCAUAAACUUUGUCGAGCGAUUUAAAGUGGACGACAACGGGGACGUCCGCGGCCUCGGGAUAGCACAGGACAUAACAGCUGCGCGUAUAAUGUAUUGCUGUCCGCAGUUGGAUAUAGCGGUCGUCCACUCAUUAUGUACCGAAACCCAUGAUAUUAGGGUCCCUGAGCUAGCAUUCAGUGCGCGCGAUGGCCAAUACGUGGUCUCACUCGGAAAUCCCUCACUUGAUGGAUGUUUAUUCGAUGGUGUGGUCAGUAGUGCCGGUCGUGAGGGCCGUACUCUUUGUGUGGGCACUUACGAGUACCAUCAGGUUUGGCCCGACCCGUCAGGUCUUCAUAUAAUCCACGCGUGUCCACAAUACGGAGGUUUCUCUGGCGGUCCGUUAAUUAACAUGAGUGGACAGUUGGUUGGCAUUAAUUACGGCGGAUCGGGUUUUGGGAUGUUUCGGGACAACUUUGCCAUCGGUGCCGCAGAUAUCACGGACGUUUUAAACGAAAUGAAAUUGUUUUUGGAAAAGAAAUACACAUAUAGUGCGGAGAAAUCAUUGGGAUUAGCCGUCGAACCAAUGACGAGGGAUUUGUGGGCAAACACUGAUAUCAGAAGUGGUGAUAUUAUCGUUAGAGUGAAUGACAAUCCGAUUAAUUCAGUGAAACAAUUGAGAGAUUAUUGCAAUAAUUGUAAUCCCAAUGAAGUCCUCGAUAUAAUGUUCGGAGAAUCCGUUCACAUGAGUGAUGGCAAAGACCUGACCAUCGAUGAGAUCUAUAGAAAAUACAUCAAUUAUUUUGUUAAAAUAAUGCAUGUUACGAGUAAAUAUCCAAACGGCAAGUAUAUGGUUUCGUGGGGUUCGGGUGUGUGUCUCGGCGGCACCGGUUAUAUAGUGACCAAUUGUCACGUGGUUGGAGAGGCAGGGCAUUGGUUCGUCAACCGAUUCAAAGUGGACAACAACGGCGACGUCUGCGGCCUCGGCGUGAAAGACCCCAUAACUGGCGCUCAAGUUAUGUAUUGCAGUCCGCAGUUAGAUAUAGCGGUCAUCCAUUCCAAGUGUACCGUAACGGCCGAUACUGAGGUCCAAGACGUUGGGUUUAGUAUUAGCGAUGGCCAACACGUGGUGUCCAUUGGGAAUCCUACGCUCCCAUUUUGUCUAUCCGAUGGUGUAGUCAGUUGUACGGGUCGUGAGGGCCGUACUCUUUGUGUGGAUAAUUACGAGUAUCAUAUGGUUUACACCGACCCGACAGGUCUUCAUAUAACCCACACGUGUUCCACAUAUAAUGGUUUCUCUGGCGGUCCGUUGAUUAACAUGAGUGGACAGUUGGUUGGCAUACAUUACGGGUCAAUCGGACGCGGCACAUUUCGGGAGGCAUUUAGCAUCAAUACCGCAAGUGUCUGGGGUGUUUUAAACGAUAUGAAACUGUUUUCCGAGAAGAGACACACAUAUAGUGCGGAGAAAUCAUUGGGAUUAGCGCUCAGACCAAUGACUAUAGAGUUGUGGGAAACGCUUUUCGGAUCAGAUUCUGAAUGCACUAUAAAUGAAGGGCUUUUAGUUUUGAGAAAAUUAACCACAAAUUCAGUGUCGAUUCCAUCAGCUCUCAUGAGUCAAAACAAAGACCUAACCAUCGAUGAGAUCUAUGAAAAAUAUGUGAAUUAUUUUGUUAAAAUACAUAACACAACGGGUAAGCGACCAAAUGGUCAAUUUGCUUGGGGGUGGGGUUCGGGUGUGUGUCUCGGCGGCAGCGGUUAUAUACUGACCAAUUGUCACGUGGUUGGAGACUGGGGUCUGUGGUUCACCGAACGAUUCCAAGUGGACAAUGAGGGCCACGUUCGGGGCCUCGGAAUAAAUGAUGGCAUAACGUUCUCGCGUGUCAUGUAUUGCAGUCCGCGAUUGGAUAUCGCGAUCGUCUACUCCAAGUGUACCGAAAAGGACGACAUUGGACUCCAAGAGCUUGGGUUCAGUACCAACGCUGGCCAACACGUGGUGUCCAUUGGGAAUCCUAUGCUAGAGUUUUGCCUAAUCGAUGGUGUCGUCAAUUGUGUGGGUCGUGAGGGCCGCACCCUUUGUGUGGACACUCACGAGUACUUUAUGGUCUUUACCGACCCGACGGGUCUUCAUCUGAACCACUCGUGUCCCAUAGUUCAGGGGUUCUCUGGCGGUCCGGUGCUUAACAUGAGUGGACAGUUGGUUGGCAUUAAUUACGGUUCGAUUGGUCAUGGCACAUUUCGGGACACUUUUGGCAUCAAUACCGCAGAUAUCACGGGUUAA